AUGUGGCCUCAGCCGUUGUUGAAAGCCAGAAGGAGAUUUGUUGUGUCCUUGUUCAGUUGCUGUUACCAGCAUAUUCUGAUUCACAAGCGCACCCUUGUCAAUGUAAAGCUCAAGUGGGUCAAGGACCCUGUACUGGACUCUGUAGUCUCUAGAACUAUACAACUCAAAGCCACUUCUACCCUUGUGUCGAUUAUAGGAUCGCACCCUGAUUAUUCUCUCCCAAUCUACAGCCUCUCCAAACAUCGUGGCCAUCUUGGCCUACCUCAAGAACUUAAACUCUCAACUUUCCUCCGUUGUUAUCCAAAUAUUUUCCAAGAAUUCUAUCUCGCGGAUUCUAAAGGUACCCCAGUACCGUGGUAUAAAUUAACCCCCGAGGCCUUGAAGAUAUAUGAUGACGAAAAGCAUUGUGUUCUAGAAGAGUGUUAUGUGGAUAUUCUGAAUAGGCUGCGAAAGUUGCUUAUGCUCACUAAAGAGAGAUUACUCCCUCUCCAAACUAUUGACCAGUUAAGAUGGGACUUGGGUUUACCAUAUGAUUACGAGAAUAAAAUGGUUGCAAAGCAUCCAGAGUUGUUCUCUUUUGUGGGACUCCCUGAUGAGCGAAUGGGAAUGAAACUAUUAGUUUGGGAUGAUAGUUUGUCAGUCUCCCAUUUGGAACUGAGAAAUUUGGAUCUUGAGACCUCAAAUCAGGCAUUGGCAUUUCCUAUUGGAUUUACGAGGGGUUUUGGGUUGAAAAAGAAGUGUAUAGAGUGGUUGAAUGAGUGGCAAAAGUUGCCUUAUACUAAUCCUUACGUUGAUGCGUCUCAUUUGGAUCCAAGGACAGAUGUCUCGGAGAAGAGGAUUGUUGGCGUGUUUCACGAGCUUCUGCACCUCACAAUUCUUAAGAAGGCCGAAAGGAAGAAUGUGAGUAAUCUGCGUAGUCCAUUGGCAUUGCCUCAAAAGUUCACAAAGGCUUUUGAAAGACAUCCAGGGAUUUUUUACAUAUCGAAAAAAGGCAACACACAGACUGUUGUCCUCAGAGAGGCAUAUGACCGUGAUCAGCUCAUUGAGAAACACCCUCUUGCCGACAUUAGGGAAAAAUACGGAAGCAUGAUGAAGAAGGGAUUUUUAGAUAGGAGUAGAGGACUAUACAAGAGAGAGAGGAGGGAAGUUCUCAAAGAUGACAUGGUGAACUUAGAUAGGUAUGAUUUUGAAUCUGAAGAGGAGAUGAAUGGUAAUUUGAUUUCAGAUUAUGACUCAGAUGAAACUGGCAGUGAUUAUAGAUGA